CAGUGUAGCUAGGUUCAGGGUUCGGCAGGACAGAUACGCCUUCGAAAUGAAUCUGACGCGGCCUUUGCUCCUUCUGGCCAUUUGCUCGGUUUUGUUCGCCAUCGUUCACUCGGAGGCCGACCCCUUCAAGUUCAAGAAAAAGAAGGGUGGCAUCGGGGGAGUCAGAUACCAGCCCGUUCACGUCAUCCAACAACCCAUCUACCAUCGCCCAAGCUAUGGGCACGGAGGAUUCCACCAAUCUUCUUUCGGUCACAAAGGAAUUGGGCGCCCAAGCUAUGGGCACGGAGGAUUCCACCAAUCUUCCUUCGGUCACAAAGGCAUUGCGCGCCCAAGCUAUGGGCACGGAGGAUUCCACCAAAAGGGGUUCGGGCGCCCUAGCUAUGGCGGAUAUCACCAGCAAUCAUCGUUUGGCCACGGAGGGUACGGACGGCCGAGCUACAGCCAUGGUGGAUACCAACAAUUUUCCUUUGGCCACGGUGGAUACCAACAGUCCACCUACGGACAUGGGUGGUAAACUGAUUAUGAAAAUGAUUUUACAACAAUAACAUGGUGACAAAAGUCACUUUUCAUGUUAUCCCUCAUAGUGUCCGAAAAGAAAAGCUGUUAUAUUUCACUAAGUAAAAUUUGAUUCUA